GCUCCCAUUUGGUUUGCUUACGUUUGUGCCGGUGUCCCCUCCGGGCUUUCCUGUCAAAUUAAUGGAGAUCUGGCUUCAGGGCGCCGUCGCCACCUCGCACUUCAGCGGGGAUGCUGCUUUCUUCUAACAAACGAUAGAAAAUUUCAUGUUUCAGUGCUGGAUCACCUGGAGAUGCAGGAAAACUCAGAGCUGUGGGGAUGGUGAACCUGUUUAUGUGACAUGACUAUAUACUGGUGCUUUUGGCUCUUCUCAUAAGAAUGGAAAUGCUACUGUUGGGUGUGUGGGCCCUGCUGGCCUUCAUCCCUUGCCCAGGGGCCACAGAAGAGCUAUUUGAGGUUUCUGUUUGGCCAGAUCAGGCCCUGGUAAAGUCUGGACAGUCUCUCAUGGUCAACUGCAGCACCACCUGUCCAGCCCCAGGACCCAGUGGAAUUGAGACCUUCUUAAAGAAAAGCCAGGUGGGCAGAGGGCCUCAGUGGAAGGCGUUCCUCCUGGAGGAUGUCACAGAGAAUGCCGUUCUGCAGUGCUUCUUCUCCUGCGCAGGGAUCCAGAAGGACACGAGCCUUGGCAUCACCGUGUAUGAGCCACCAGAGCAGGUGAUGCUGGAGCUGCAGCCGGCAUGGGUGGCCGUGGAUGAAGCCUUUACUCUGAAGUGCUAUGUGCCCACUGUAGCGCCCCUGGAAAACCUCACCCUUACCCUUCUCCAGGGUAGCUCGGAACUGCAUAGAAAGAACUUCAUGAGCUUGGCUGUGGCCACACAAAGAGCUGAGAUCACCGUCAGUGUCAGAGCCCAAAGGGAGGACGACAGGUGCAAUUUCUCCUGCCAUGCAGAACUGGACUUGAGUUCACAUGGUGGAGGGCUCUUUCACGGCAACUCGGCCACCAAGGUGCUCCGCAUCUUUGAAUUCUCUCAGAACCCCCAAAUCUGGGUCUCUCCUCUUCUGGAGGUUGGAAUGGCCGAAACUGUGAGCUGUGAGGUGGCUAGGGUGUUUCCAGCCAAAGAGGCAAUGUUCUACAUGUCCCUGGGAGACCAGGAGCUGAGCCCCUUCUUCUUCUGGAAGGGAGACACAGCAUGGGUCAAUGCCACCGUCCGGGCCAUGGAGAUGGGUGAUCAGGAGCUGUCUUGUCGUGUGUCUCUGGGUCCAGUGGAACUGAAAACGAGAAAGACAGUGCAUGUCUACAGCUUCCCCCCACCAGUCCUGGAGGUAGAGGAAUUAUACCCAUUGGCAGGAACAGACAUUAAUGUGACCUGCUCUGGGCAUGUACUAACAUCACCUAGCCCUACUCUUCGACUUCAGGGAGCCCCAGACCUCCCCGUGCCUGGGGAGCCUGCCUGGUUUUUACUUACCGUCAGGGAGGAAGAUGAUGGCAGAAAUUUCUCCUGUGAGGCCUCUUUGGAGGUCCAGGGUCAGCAAUUGAUCAAAACCACUGCCAUCCAGCUCCAUGUCUUAUACAAGCCAAGGUUAGAGGAAUCCAGUUGCCCUGGCAACCAAACAUGGGUGGAAGGGGCUGAAGAGAUGCUUGCCUGCAUCGCCAAGGGAAACCCUGCUCCAACCUUGGUGUGUACCAGGAACAGCAUGAUCUUUAGUCUGGAAGUCCCACAGAAGGCAACCCAGAACCACUCUGGGACCUACUGCUGCACGGCCACGAACCAGCUGGGCUCUGUCAGCAAAAAAAUUGCUGUCGUCGUCAUUCAAGGGUUCCUGCUGCCAGGCCCAUGGGAAAUCCCCUGGGAAUGGGGUUACGUACUCAGAUAUGUGCUGAAUGAAGGCGGCAUCAAGUCCCCCAACUUUGUCAUCAUUAUUGUUGCCCUUGGAGCAGGAGUAAUCACCAUCACGCUGUGCUUGUGCUGUUGGCCCUGCAAAGUACAGAGGAGGAAACUGCCCUGUCGGCAGAAAAAGAAGAACAGACAGGAGCAAAGCCAGUUAGCUAUUCCACACACAGAAGAGUGCAGCGCACAGAACUGUUAAACAGAAACAGCUAUUUGGUUGAAGGAGACUUCCACCGGGUUUCCUAAGGAGGGAAGAGGGAGUUGAGGAGAAGGGAAAAGACAGAAUGUGAGGCCACAUUAUCCUUUGUGCUCUUAGGUCCCAUAAAGCAACUCGGGCACCCGUGUCCCUUGUAUCCAGUCCACCCACAAGCUCUUUUUUCCAAGUUCACUUUGGUUACCAGGAAUCUCCGUAUCAGUGUUCAACUAGUCAGAUGGCCUCUUGCUCCUUGCUGUGUGUUUUAUUGUUCCUCUCUUAGAUUUGAAAAAAAAAAAAAGAUCCUGCUCUGCUUCAUCACCCCACUAACUGCCCACUGCCCCCAAACAUCAGACUAAAGAGAUGGCCAGAUACAUCACAGAAAUGCAACUCUCCCCACCUGGUUCCUCCUAAGUGAGAGCUACUUUCUUAGUCCAGGGCCUGGACGCCUAAGGGACAGAGUGCUGAACAGGGACGGGCACCGGCACCGUAUUCCCACCUACGCAGCCCCAGCUUCUGCAGCUGGGCGUCUGGAAUGCCUGCUCCCAGAGCUGAGCUUGACAACAGCAUUAAGGGUCAGCGACUGGUUAGGCUUCAACUCACUAACUCUGCUGUGUGCCUUGGGGGAGUGUGACAAUCAUAAGAAAUUCCACAUUGGUCAGACAAGCAGCUUACCUAGCCAGGUGUUCUGCCCUGAAGUGGAAGGUAGAGAUCUUCCAUGAAAUUGUCUCAUAGGUUAAGGGUUCCAGCCAUCUUUGAAUUCCUUCUUGUAAUCCAUUGUAGUAGAAUAAUCAUCUGAGCGUUCACAUUCGACACAUUAAUUUUUUUUUUUUUUACUUAGACUGUUAGGGUAGAGUUCCAAUAUUUAUUUUUCCUUCUCAUAAGGAAGUAUUUAUUUUCACGUGUCUACAAAAUAUUUCCUUUAAAUUUCAGGAGGAAUCCACUCAUGACAAUGUUCACCAUGUGGUUUUAUGAUUUGGGUUCCUUCUCUGUUCUUUGGGAGAGUAUAUCCACCCUUGGAGAAGACAUUCAUAAAACCCCAUUUUUUUCUCCAAAAUUAGUCCUGUGUGAGCCACUGAAAUGAUAGCUAAGGUGAAAAUAAAAGUGAUUUUAUGACAUCUGAAUGUCUUUUGUGUCAUUG